CAAAAAAAUGCAUUAUUCAAAUGAAUCAAACUCAAUUUCUGCCGUUUUUUUAUUGAACUUGCUCCUUAUCCUCCUAUAUAGCCAAAUAACAAAUAACUACUCCGCAAAAUUUAUACCUGUUUAGAUGCGCAACACUUUUUUUUUUCAGAUUCAAUUCGAAUGUCCGUAUCAUAGUUCCAGUCUUCAAAUCGAGAUUAUAAAUUGGCCAGACCUUCACAAAUGUCUGAUUUGACGAUUACUCCUUUUUGUCCCUUCUCUCAACUGUUAGUAAGUGGAAGAAACGAUGGGUAGGCUUUUCCUCACCUACUUGGAAGGCAACUUCUAUGGCUGCAAGUACUGCAAGACGCAUCUGGCCCUUGAGGAUGACGUUUUGUCUAAGUCAUUCCACUGCAGUCAUGGGAAGGCUUAUCUGUUUGAUAAAGUUGUCAAUGUAACUUCUGGUGAGAGAGAAGAGAGGAUGAUGCUGACAGGAGUGCAUACUGUUGUUGACAUAUUCUGUGUGGGUUGUGGCUCUCUUCUUGGUUGGAAAUAUGAGCUUGCACAUGAAAAGCCUCAGAAGUACAAGGAAGGAAGAUUCAUUUUGGAGAGGUAUAUGAUAUUAGGGCCGGGAGGAAACAACUAUGCAGUGAAUCAAGAUGCUGAGAUUGAUGGCAGUGAUGCUGAUGAAGAAUGAGUAACUAUGCUUUACUUUAGGAUAAAAAAUGUAAAAAACAUUCUCUCAUUGCACAUUUACCUCUUUCUAAGACCUCUUAUAUCGACUGAUACAUGUAGUGUAGUAGCAUGUAGCCAAGCAGUCUGAGGAUAUUUGUAGUGUUAUAUAAUGUCCAUUGUUUUUCAAGUAGAAUUUUUGAACAAGGGGUACCGUGGCGCAUU